GAGUGGGGACGUCCUGCUUCAGAGCGGGUAUCUUCGUUGCGCCAGCGACUAAAAAGAGAAUUAAAUAUGGGUGAUGUUGAGAAAGGCAAGAAGAUUUUUAAGUGUUCCCAGUGCCACACCGUUGAAAAGGGAGGCAAGUACAAGACUGGGCCAAAUUUCCAUGGUCUCUUCCGGUGGAAGACAAGUCAGGCCCCUGGAUACUCUUACACAGCCACCAAUAAGAACAAAGGCAUCACCUGGGGAGAGGAUACACUGAUGGAGUAUUUGGAGAAUCCCAAGAAGUACAUCCCUGGAACAAAAAUGAUCUUUGUCGGCAUUAAGAAGAAGGAAGAAAGGGCAUACUUGAUAGCUUAUCUCAAAAAAGCUACUAAUGAGUAAUAAUUGGCCACUGCCUUAUUUAUUACAAAACAGAUGUCUCAUGACUUUUUUAUGUGUACCAUACUUUAAUAGAUCUCAUACACCAGAAUUCAGAUCA